UCUCUAGGUUCAUACUACAGCCAGAAUUAAGCAACAUGAAUUGUCUAAAGAUCUGCGGAUUUGUUUUUGCCUUGAUUGCGGCGCUGGCAAGUGCGAAUGCUGCCACUCAGGUGAUUCACUCUGGCGGCCACACACUCAUUCAAACAGAGAAUGGUCAAUACAUACGCAAACACUAAACUGAAACUGAAAAUGGAAUAAAUUAA